UUAUUUUAUCAGCUUUCUAGUUUUUUUUAUUAUUGAAAACAUUUCGUUAGUUUCGAAGGUUAAAGGGCUACUAUGCUUGUGAUUCGAAAGUCACUCCAUCUUUACUUCAAUUUAAACAAUUGAAUAAUCAUUUUCAUCACAAGAAAAGAUUGAUCUUCACUACUUGUAUUCGUUGAAUUAUUCAGCAUGAAAUUGUGCAAAUAUUUCUAAUGUUCAUGUCGAGUGAUAAUAAGGAGAAUAAUCAAUUGAAUAUUGUUUAUCAAUUAUCUCAACAAAUUCAAUCCUCAACUAUUAGUUUACUACGUACAGAUUUAAAUAGAAUGAUCAAUUCUGAUGAUGACAAUAAUUUGAUUGAUAUCCCAUCAUUAUUUUCAAAUGAUCAACUUACUACUCUAUUAGAUUAUCUACGUUCACUUAGACAAUGGGCAGCAACUAUUCCAGAUUUACUCAAUAAUAAUAAUCAUAAUCAUUCUAUUGAGGAGAUUAAUUCUUGUCGAAAAGAUGUAUAUAAUUCAUUGAAAACUCUUUUAGAUUCAUUAUUUUUAUGUUUAUUUCAAAAGGAUCAAAUCAUUUCAUUCUGGUAUUCUAUUCCUAUUAUGAUACAAUCAAAUAUUAUUUUAUGUAUUUCAAUCUGUAUACAAGUCAUUAUUAAUUUAUUAAGUGAAUCAAUCCAAUCCAUUGAAUUAUUUGAUAUUCAUUCAUUAUUUAUUAUCUUAUUAUCUAAUAAUCGUCCAUUAAUUUGUUUAACAAAUUAUGGUUUAACAUUAUGGAAUCAUUAUGAUAAUGAUCAUUCUAUCAAUCAUAAUCGUUUAUCAAGUCAUUAUGCUUAUUUAUUAUAUUUAUUAUUAUUACGUAUUGAACAAACUAUUAAUUAUCAUGAUAAAUUACCUAAAUUGAUUCUUCAAUUAUUACAGAAUAAUUUUAUCAGUAAUAAAACUAUUAUACAAUCUAUUUUAGACCAAUCAUGUAAUACAAUUAAAUCGAAUAAUGAUUCAAUAAAAAUUAUUCAUUUUCAAUUAUUAUUAAUACAAUUAAUGAAAAGUUUCAAUCAAUUUAUUAGAUCAUUAUCAUUUAAUGAAAUAAUUACUCAAAUUAAUAUUGAUUUUAUUCAUUUAAUAAUUGAUAUUACUGGAUUUGUUUUAUUAUUAUUAAGUUCUAAUGAGCUAACCAAUCAAUGUGAAUUACCGAUGAAACCACAAAGAAUUUUACCUACUAAUAUGAAAUCAUGUUUAGGUUAUUGUAGUAUAAUUGAACUAUACAGUUUCAAUGUGUUUAUUUUUGUAUUCACAGCAUGUAACUAUCCUUAUGCUCGAUUACGUGGUUUAGUUCAUAUACUGGCCAGUAUCACCUUUUCAAACUUGGAUAAUAGUAGUAAUAGUAAUUUGAAUACAGACGAGAGUAUUUCAACAAAUUCAGAAGGCAGUGAUAAUGAUAAACAACCUGUUGAUAUUCAAUCAUCAUCCAUACUAUCAUUUCAUCAAGAAAGUAAUGAAUCAUCAGAACAGAACAUGCCAAUCACACAAGAGUAUGCUAGUGAUUUAUUAAAAAUCCUCUGCAAUAUUUUAGUGAUUACACAUUAUGCAACUCAUAAAUUUGAGGAAUUUUAUGAUUUACCUGAUUCAAUCAAAGAUAAUUUACCAUUCAAGAAUGAUUUAGUGAAAAAUAAAGAUUUUACUGUUUAUCCAUCAAAAUUAGCGAAGAAAAUGGUCCUACUCUCUACGAGAUCACCCUUUUCAUUAAUUCAAGCUAUUUGUUUUAAACAAGAUGUGAUUCGAUGCAUAGUUGGAUUGAUUACACAAUUUCCUGAACUAUCACUUACAUUGGCCUUACACAAACUUGACGCAAAUAAUUAUAUGAUAGGCGACGGUGAUGAUGUCAGCGAGAAAUUAAUCAGUUCAACAACACCUACACCAUCAUUUUUAUCUGCCUUUGAAGUGAUUUUAGACGCUACAAAUAGGGAUCCAUUCAAUUCAUUCUGUGUUGAAUGGGCUAUUCUCCUUAUCCGAACAAGAAGAAAACAUACUCCAUAUAAUCAUUACAAUAUGCACUAUAGACAAUAUUAUCCAUUCAUUUCGAAAAUACUCUUGAAUCGUAAUCAAAAUGUAUUCCUUUGCCAAACCAUUAAUAAUAAUCGAUUUUGCAGUUCAUUGACUACUUCUAUACAAGUAAAUCAUUCUUUGUCGACAAUUUCAUCAAAAGAAGAAUUAUUUCCAACAUGGAUUACUAGUAAAUAUCUACCAAAUGAUUGGUUACAAAAAGAAUUUUCCGAUCCAUUUGUAUUAAAUAAUUUCAAAAGUCUGGUUGUAUUAUGUCAAUAUGAAUCAAAACUGGGUCGUUGGCGUACAAUGAAAUCAUUAUGUUCUAAAGAUGAUGUUGAAAUAGUUGAUUCAGAAUCAUUAUUGGAUAGUUUAUUCUUAAAUGUCUAUCAGAAAGAAUUAAAUAUCAACGCUAGAACUGAUGUAUCCUUACAAUAUAACCAACAUUUUGAUCCACUACAUAUUCGUUUAGACAUACUUAAUUGUGAUAUAAUUCUUAGUAAACUGUACGAUCCAUUAUAUAAUAUUGGAGUGAAACAUGUAAAUAAGCUUAUUGAACGGUGUCCAGAUCUUCCAUUAUCUACUAUGAUUUGUCCCACCGAUAUGCCAGAUUCAAAUUACAACGAAAUGCUAAAUCAUUAUCUUAUACAUAACGAUGUUGUAAAUGUUAUUCAGCGUUUUCCAAGUGUCUUACUUCGUGGAAGAUUGGAACUAGUUGAUAUCUGUGAAUUUUGUAUGAAUGAUAUGGGUUUAGAAUCAUAUGAUUAUGUAAAUGCAUCAUCUUCACCAACACAUAAACAUUCAUUACGUCAUUCAACUGGUCUAUGUAUAAGUAAAUGUCCGAUUUGGGAGUUAUCAUUAGAUCAUGUUCGUGCACGGUAUAUAUUUCUACGUUUAGUCGGUUACUGGCCAUUAGCAAGAAGGACACUUGGAAAAAAUAUUGAUGUUGAUAAACAAUUGGCAGAUUUACUGAAAUCAACUCCAGGACAAUUUACUCAAUGGUUAAAUAAUAAUCUGUUGAAUUGUUCUUCAUCUAAAUCGAAAACAAAUGAUAAAAAAGUUGAAAAAUACACUGUACCUAAUAAUAUUCUAUUCACUAAAUCAGAUAUACAGUUUUAUGAAGAAAUCUAUUCACAUUUAAUAACAAAUAGUGAUAGCAUUGAUGAUAGUGCUGAUGUUAAUGAUGAUAAAAGUUUGGAGAUGGUAUCAAAUUGUGAUACGUCAGAACUUUAA